AUGAAGAAUUCCAGUAAUAUAUCAAAUGUUAAUUCAAAAUAUGCAGAUGACUUGUCAUAUGGUAAAGCUUCCAGUCAGAUAUUAACACUUCCUCCUCCUCUUCUUCCAAAUGAUCAAACUGUGAAUUUAGCAAGCAACGCUGUUGACAGAAACCCAUCAACGUGUACAGGGACUGAACCCAUAGGAACAUCCUCUAAAUACACAAGUGUGUGGUGGAGAGUUGAUCUUGGUGGCAUCUACAGUAUCCACAGUAUCAGGAUUUUAUUCAAGGACUAUGGCCCACAAUACGUUACGAGACAAAGAGGACGAUUUGCGGGAUUUUCCAUUUUUCUUUCAAACUCCACCAAAAAAGAGGAUUGGAUUCUUUGUUACAAGGACGGACCAGAGCUACCACCUUUGGAUUUUAACACAACUUGCAUGAUAUAUGGAAGAUAUAUUAUUUACUAUAACGAAAGAUUGAAGGGAGUUACUUAUCCCGAAACAACAAGUUCCACAACCUUGUGUGAAGUGAUAGUAGAUGGUUGUGCCAAAAAGGGAGUUUAUGGAGUUAACUGUGACCAACCCUGCCCCAUAAACUGUCAAGAGCAGAGAUGUCACAUAGAUAAUGGAAAUUGUCUAUGUAAGCCAGGGUACACCGGAGACAAAUGUGAAACAUACGUUCAAAGAACUUUUCAGCAUGCCCUCAUGGAUUGUAUGGACUUGGUUGUGAAAACAAAUGUGUUGGACAUUGCAAAGACAACAGUUCCUGCCAUCAUGAGUUUGGUAAUUGUACAUGGGGUUGUGCUUCGGGGUGGAUGUGGAGCAUGUGUACCAAAGAAUGUGAUCAGGGAUUUUACGGAGAAAACUGUCAGAAUCACUGUAGAAAUUACUGUGUCAAUGCUACAUGUUAUAGAACUAAUGGUAGUUGUAUUGCUGGACACAUUACAGGAAAUAAGCUUGAGAAGGGUGAGUUAG